CAACCACAUUAUCUAGAAGAAUCGCCACGUCAGAUUUACCGCCAAAGAUAUGGCUAUGGCCGCCAAGACGCACUCGCAGUGGACGCUCUCUAGCAGCUGCUCGUCCUCGAGAGGCUACACGAGAGCUAGGAGCGUGAAAUGGAGGAGGAGCCCGAAUUACCUCGCGAGAGCUGCUACAAGCACUGCCAUUGUGGCCGCUGGAAUCAAGUAUGUUGAUGGAGAGGAGGCCAAGAAGCUCGUCACGGAGGAAGGCUACAGUGUGGUCGAUGUCCGCGAUAAGUCUCAGUUUGAUCGAGCGCAUAUCAAGCCAUCCACGCACGUCCCACUGUUUACAGUGAACACCGAUGGAGAUAUCAGUACCUCGAUCAGGCGAGUGAUGCACAAUGGAUUCGCCGGGCUUUUUUACGGAAUAGCGUUCACAAAACCAAACUCCAACUUCGUCGCUGAUGUUGAGCGGAGUUUUUCUAAAGACAGCAAGCUGUUACUCGUCUGCCAGGAAGGCUUAAGGUCUGGACAAGCAGCCGAGAAGUUGGAAGAAGCUGGAUUCCGAAACUUGGCAUUUAUUGACAAUGGGCUGCAAAAAGUUAAGCCAGAUCUUUUCGCAACAGAGGGUCCCAAGCAGCUCCAGGACGCAGGAAAAGCGGGCCUGGUCACCAUCCAAGGCCAAUUCUCCGUGGUCCUUGGGGCCAUUUUAGUUUCCGCGUACCUCUUCUUGACAUUGUUUCCAACGCAAGCGGAGGAGCUCUUCUUCAAGAAGUGAUUGAGUCGCUGGAAUUUUGUAUCUGUUUAUUUCGAUCUCAAGAUAUAUGAUACACUUUCUAAAGGAUAUUUCUUCAUUGUCCUUGGCCAUAA